AUGAAGAUCGAGAGAUUGAGGGAUGCCAUCACAUCUUUUCGGCAGCAAGGUGAUGAAUCUUUUGCUGAAGUAUGGAAAAGGUUUACUGAGAUGUUGAGAAAAUGUCCCAACCAUGGUCUUGCUCCUGGCCGUGAUCUUGUCAAAUUUUACCAAGGCUUAAACAAUGAAAGCAUGGGACUUAUAAAUGCAAGUACUGGUGGAGAUCUUGAUAAUAAGGCACAUGAGGAAGUGAGGACCUUGUUUAAAAAACUAGCAGAUAAUCAAAGAAACUGGUACAAUCCAAGGAGAGUGGUUGAGAAGAAAGGAAAUACCUUUGGAUCUUCAGUAGAAUCUGAAAGAAUGACAGCGGUUGAGGCACAACUAGCUAAUAUUAGCACCCAAAUGACGUCAGUGGUUAAAGCAAUAACCGUCAAGGUUUUAGCCAAGGGGGUCAAUUCAACAACAAUCAUCAGAACUGGAAGCCUCAACAACAAGGGAAUUGGAACCAAGCUGGGUCAAAAUGCCCAACAUGGUCAAGAACAUGCUGCAUCCGGCAACAAGGAACAAGGCGAUGAAUCUAAGUUAGAUGGAAGACUUACAGCGGGAGAGAAAGACAAAAAGGUCAAUGAGACAGAACCUAAGAAGAGCAAGUCCAGUAUUCCUAACGACAUUCCACCGUCUCCAUAUCCAUUCACGAGAAAGAAGCGAGUGCGGCAAGAAAAGAGUUUUGAGUGGAUAAUGAAUGUGAUUAGAAAGGUGAAUGUAGACAUCUCAUUGGUGGAUAUUUUCACCAAUUUCCCGAGAUUCUCCAAGUUCUUCAAAGACAUGAUGGCGAACAAGGAGAAACUUCAGGAUGAGGGGAUUGUGGCAUUGAGCACGAAUUGCUCACAUCUGAUAUCUGGAAUCAUGCCGACGAAGAGAAGAGAUCCAGGAGGUUGCAUCAUACCAUGUGAAAUUGGUAACACGAUUUUCACAAAUUGUUUAUUGGACCAAGGUUCAGGGAUCUCAUUGAUUGCAUUGAAAACUGCUCGUGCCAUUAGUUUUGAGGAAAGAAUGGAGCCUAUUGACAUUGCUCUACAAUUGGCUGAUCACUCCAUAGUGAAGCCCACUGGAAUUGUUGAGGAUGUUUUGGUUAAAAUCGAUAGGUUCAUCAUUCCGGUUGAUUUUAUUGUGCUCGACAUGCCAGAAGAUAAAGAAGUGCCAAUUUUGUUUGGUAGACCAUUUCUAGCAACGAGAGAUGUAUUGCUUGGAGCAAAGAAUAACUAUGUUACAUUCAGAAUUAAUGGUGAGCAACUGACCAUCAACGUUGAGAAGGCCUACGAUGGUGGUGAAAGUGGUAAGGAAGCAAGAGAGGUGGUCACACUAGAGAGUCCGAAAGUGUAG